AUGUACAACAACAUAAAGAGGCAAUACUGGUGGAGUAACAUGAAAAGAGACAUAGCCAAUUUCAUAUCUAGGUGCAUGGUGUGCCAGAAGAUAAAGGUCGAGCAUCGCAAACCUGCAAGCCUUCUUCAGCGCCUACCCGUAGCAGAGUGGAAGUGGGAUAACAUCUCUAUGGACUUCAUUGUUGGACUUCCCAGGACUCAGAAAAAGCAUGAUUCAAUCUGGGUCAUUGUGGAUAGGUUGAUGAAGUCUGCCCGAUUUCUUCCUAUUCGGGCGACAGAUUCGAUAGACAAUUUGGCAAGGCUUUAUGUGCAUGAAGUCGUCUCUCCUAUGAAGGGCUUGAUGAGGUUCAGACAAAAAGGAAAGCUUGCCCCUCGUUUCAUUGGACCUUUCGAGAUCUUGGACCGUGUGGGAGCUGUGGCAUAUCGCCUUGUGCUACCGACUGCACUGAUUGGUAUCCACAACGUCUUUCAUAUACCCCAGGCAGGAGUCAUUUUCGAACAUCAUACCCUCCUCCGAAAGGGAGCGGCGUUCAAUUCCAGCUACCUCCUGCCACCGGGAGUCCAUCCUCUUUUUAGCAACCCCACAUUCUCAGAAACUAAAGGGUCGAAGAAGUUGAUCUCUAUGAGGAAGAAGCAGCGCAAGCCCUACAACAAGGGGUAA